CCUUCCACUAUACUUUUCAUUUAUAUGCUUGAAAACAACACUCCUGCUAAACUGUUAACUGCCCACAAAUAUUUGAGGAAAUCUUGUAGAUUCAUGUAAUCUGUCUACGUGACACAUGAAAGUCAAUUAUUAAAAUAAUUUAACUUUUUUUUUAUUAGUUUUUACCAGUUUGCAGUAAAAUGCUUUAAACGACAGCAAUACUGGAUUUUAAUUGAAAACAAUUAACUCAGAUUUUUCACCCUCAACCCAAUGAGGAAAAAAUAAAGUUAAAAAAUCCCACAUAACAGAUUUAAAACGGUUUAGGGUCACAUACAUAAUAAACAUAUAAUCUCUAAGAUACAGAAGUUUCUUCAAUUUGUCAGUUAUUUAAAAAUGCAAGAAAAGGGUUACAAAUCUCUUUAAAUUUAGCAGAUUUUUACUUUCCUAUGUUCUAUUGAUGCACCUCUUUAUAAUAUUUAGCACAUGAAGAGAGAAAAAUACCCACACUGCCACACGUAUUUGCUGCUGUUUUUAUUUUUUUAAUAAUUUGUUUGCUAAUGAAUUUCCACAGGGCUGCUGUCAUACAGGGCUCUCAUACAUAAAACAACAAAAAUACAUAAACUUUAAAGGAAAUAAAAUAGGAAUAAAGAAAAAUAUGUAAAGGUAUUUGCUGAUAUUUAAAAAAAAAUGUUAUUAUAAGAAAGAAAACAAGGUUUGUUAUGGCAGUGCAAAAAAAAUCUCUUCCACAACAUAGAUGUUUUGUUGAAUGCUUUUUUAAACUUGCUUUUGUUUUUUUAAAGGCCAUUUAAUAUUCAAUGCCAAAACGAUCUACAUUAUUUGUUCAUAAAAAUACAUGCGAUUACAAUUUUCUUCAAAGUAACGAUCUAUUUCCUUUAACUUUUCAGAUUACGUAAUUUUUUUAAGGUAGCCACACGAGCAUUAGUAGUGUGUCCUUCACGUUUAUCAGGGAAGCAGCGGUGCCACCUUAAAAACCAGAAUCCCUCCCUUUUCCUUGUUCCCGGUGUUUAAUAAAAUUUGCUCUGAACAAAUCUGGAGUCGGUCAAAGUACAAUGGCCAGACCAGGCUGUUAAAAAGACUCCGUGGGGAAGAAUUACUGCAGUUAGACGAUGAAAAGGAGAAACGUGAAACACGACGAUUCGUCCCUCGACAGGAAGGACAGGAGGGCGGCUGGCGGCGGGAGGAAAGAGGGGACUCGGUCCCCCUGGUGGUCAAAACGGGGAUUACUGGCUGCUGCUGCUGUCUGCAUCCUGGUGCCUGUCACAUAUAAAAUAAUCCCUGCAUUGAUUCAGGACAUUAUUCACACCUACCGACUCAGCGUGCCGUUCUUUGAGGAUCUGAGCCAGCCUGCUGAUUUCUCCCUCAAUCACACCAUCAACAUGUACUUAACGUCAGAGGAGGGCAUUUCCCUGGGCGUAUGGCAUACAGUUCCUGAAAGUCGGUGGAAAGAAGCUCAGGGGAAAGACCUGUUGUGGUACCAGAACACAUUAAAUGAUGGAAAUCCGGUUUUUAUAUAUCUGCACGGAAACACGGGAUCAAGGGCAGCUCCACACCGAGUUGGAGUGGCAAAAUUACUGAGUGCACUGGGUUACCAUGUGGUGGUGCCUGACUACAGAGGUUUUGGAGAUUCCACCGGAGAGCCGACUGAACCCGGCCUGACUACAGACGCUGUGCAUGUGUACAAGUGGGUCAAAGCACGCAGCGGGGACAGCCUGGUGGUCAUCUGGGGACACUCUCUUGGCACUGGGGUGUCCUCUAACACUGCAGUCAAACUGCUUGAGGAAGGCAUUGUUUUUGAUGGUGUGAUCCUGGAGGGGGCAUUCAAUACUGAUCAGCAGCAUUUGCCGUAUAAUAUGUUCAGCUGGUAUUACUGGAAAUUUCCAGGAAUUAUGCGCUUGUUCAGUCUCCUAUGGGAAGGAAAAAUGCCCGUCUUUCCCACAGAACACAAUUUGAAGAAACUGAAAAGUCCGAUAGUGUUCCUUCAUGCAGAGGACGAUCACUUAGUUCCCAUUGAGAUUGCUCGUCGGACCUAUGAGGUUGCUGCAAAGGCCCAAAGUAAAGACAGAGUCAAGCUUGUGACAUUUGACGGUUCUCUGGGGUAUCUACACAACGGCUUAUAUCGGGAUCCAAAGCUGCCUGGUAUCUUAAAGGAGUUCGUGAAGUCGUUGUAGCAUCGGAAACAGCACUGGGAUCUUGGACAAAGAGUAACCUGAAUGCAACAUGGACCUAAAGUAUUUUUAAGGUGUCCUGCUAUGAUGAGUGUAACAACUUCUGAGAUCAAUUAAAUACAAGCCAAAACAGCCAGGAGCCCUGGAAAUGAUGGCAAAACAAAUAAAGUGAUUUUCUUAUCUA